AUGAGCGACGCAGGCGUCAUGAUGCAUCUAGGAGGCUUCGCGUGGCGAACAGCAGACAAGAACGAGUCCAGUCCAGACCGCCGCAUUAAAUUGGCGGCGGACGUCACGAAACCUCCGGCGCUAUCGCUUCGCCGACGAUCUCUGGGUGCCAUGCCGGGUUUGGCUCGUUACCGCUCGGACUCGGCGGCAACAGAACCGCGUCUCAGUAUCUGCAGCACAUCCGGCACCGUGUACGAGAGCGUCGUGGUUGUGGGACACAUGUACGGCUCGGAUAAGGUCGUGUACUACCUACUGGAAGUGCGAUCAUGGGAGAUGCCGCUAGAGGGCUACGUGGUUCGGCGUCGCUACAAUGACUUUCUCAAAUUCCAUCAGGAAUUGACCCAAUGCAUGCCGUCACACCGUCGUCGAAGCAGCACCAGCCUUGGUUUCGGCUACUCUUCGCUGCUCUGCAAUCCGUUGACAAGAGCGACCCCCGAGGCCUCACCGCUCUGGUCGCCUGUACGGACGGACGAUGGACGUACAGACCAGAGGAAAGGGUCCUGGAUUAGUGAGGAUAGCACCAAUUCACAGGCUCAAGUCGACGACUACGAUACGAGGAGCAGCGCCCCCACUGCACUGACCGGAGUAUCGAGCUACAAUAAUGAUGCGGUGCUACCGCUGGACGCCGUCAAGUUCAACUUGGCGGGACGUCCGUGGUUACCGCCCAUGCCUGGUGGCGGAAUGCUCACUAUGUUUACUACUCGUCAUGCACUCAUCAAUUACCGCAUCGAGCAGUUUAACCACAUCCUGGCGGCCGUGAUGAGCGACAAAUCCAGUGACGUGGCGAAAUUGCUCAUGAAUUUCAUCCAGGAGAAACCAGGCACACAAGCACAGACGUACACGACUUUAUCCGAGUACGCGCCAAUCGACAUCCCGUUCAACGUGGAGCGGUACGCACGACGGCGAGCCAUGUCCAUAGGUAAGCGCCAACUGCGUGACCAAGUAUCCUCGCCCGUACCGUGA